UCAGAGUACAAAUGCAGGAGCUUGAGAGCAGCGCAAGCCCAGAAGCUCCAGGUUCAGCUUCAGCAGGCCCACCGCCUGCCCCUCCAGAACCAGAACCCGGGUAGUAACAAGCCCGAACCCUCCCAGACCGCGCCCCAGGACGUAAAGCCAGACUCUCAACGAGCUGACCUCCCAGCCCCCGCCCCCGCCCCGGCCUCUGAGCCAAUCAGAGAGGCAGACGACCGCUACCGGAAGAACAUCCAGGGCUCUCCUCAGGCGGCGUCCACCAAACCGCAGCUGCCGCCAGUGCCGCCACGCUCCGAGUCCUCCUCCCACCCCAAUGGCAACCCGGCCCCGGAGGUGGCGCCCGCCGUGCACCGGCCCGUGGAACCGCAGGUUCCCGUAAGGACCACGUCAAGGUCCCCGGUGUUGCCGAGUCGGGGCUCGCCUCAUCACCACGGCAACGCCACACACGGCAGCCAUGCUGUGCACCGGCCUGUCGCCAGCGCGGCCGAGCCUCGGCUGCUGUGGGAGCGAGUGGAGAAACUGGUUCCCAGGCCCACCAGUAACAGCGGAGCCUCCAGUUCCUCCAGCAGCUCCAGCAACUCCAGCUCGCAGCCCGGCUCCCACUGCGGCUCUGGGGAGCGCUUCAGGGCCCGCCCCUCGUCCAAAUCCGAGGGCUCGCCCCUCCAACGGCCCGACGGCACAAAACCCGAGGAGAGGCGGGACUUGGUCCGGCCGAACAGACCAGCGGACCUGACGGCUCUGGCCAAGGAGCUGCGAGCCGUGGACGAUGUCCGCCCCCCCAACAAGGUGACGGAUUACUCCUCCUCCAGCGAUGACUCGGACACCACCGACGAAGACGACGACGAAGAGGUCGACCAGGAGGCCGGCGAGGAAUCGACCUCGGGCCCCGAGGACUCCAGAGCCGCCUCGUCCCGCCUGAGUAACGGGGAGACGGAGUCGGUGAAAACCAUGAUCGUACACGACGAGGGCGAGAGCGACGCCGGCUCCACGCCGUGCAAAGACGGCACGCUGAUCGUCAGACAGAGCGCUGGUGACGGCAGAAAGCGUCCGGGCCCCGGCCCGGGUCGAGCCCCGCCCCUCCCCGGCCUGCUCGCGGGCUUCGCCCCGAGCGCCGGCCCGGGUCUCAGCCACCGCGCCCCCAGCCCCCACCAUCAUCACCACCACCACCACCACCACAACAACCACCACCAUCAUCACCCCACACAGCACUCGGAGAGGAACGGCCUCGCCGGCCGAAUCCACCACCUCCCAGACCUGAUCCAGCAGAGCCACCAUUCCUCCCCCCCCUCCUCCUCCGCAUCAAACUCCCCCUCCUCCUCCAGCCUCGCCAGCCCCUCCUCCAUGUCCCCCCAGAGCCCCAUGGAAACGCUCAGCCUCCUCAUCGAGAGCCAGUCUAGUAACAACAUGCAGAAGCACAAGUCCUCCUCCUCCUUCACGCCGUUCAUCGACCCCCGCCUCCUGCAGGUGUCUCCGUCCACCGGCAGCGCCCUCAACAACAUCGGCUACGGGAACGACGCCCGGCUGGCCGAGGCGCUGAGGGCCGACCCGUCCCGUAAGGGCUCCGUGGUCAACGUAAACCCGGUGAACACGCGGCCGCAGAGCGACACGCCGGAGAUCCGCAAGUACAAGAAGAGGUUCAACUCGGAGAUCCUGUGCGCCGCGCUGUGGGGCGUGAACCUCCUGGUGGGGACAGAGAGCGGUCUGAUGCUGUUGGAUCGCAGCGGUCAGGGGAAAGUUUAUCCUCUGAUCAGCCGUCGGCGCUUCCAGCAGAUGGACGUCCUGGAGGGACUCAACGUCCUGGUCACCAUAUCAGGUAAGAAGAACAAGCUCCGGGUGUACUACCUGUCCUGGCUGAGGAACAAGAUCCUGCACAACGACCCCGAGGUGGAGAAGAAGCAGGGCUGGACCACGGUGGGAGACCUGGAGGGCUGCGUCCACUACAACGUCGUGAAAUAUGAGCGGAUCAAGUUCUUGGUUCUGGCUCUGAAGCACUCUGUGGAGGUCUACGCCUGGGCCCCGAAGCCCUACCACAAGUUCAUGGCCUUCAAGUCUUUCGGCGACCUGGUGCACAAGCCGCUGCUGGUCGACCUGACCGUGGAGGAGGGCCAGAGGUUAAAGGUCAUCUACGGCUCGGCCUCGGGCUUCCACGCCGUGGACGUGGACUCCGGGGCCGUCUACGACAUCUACCUGCCGACACACAUCCAGACCCACAUCCAGUCCCACGCCAUCAUCAUCCUGCCCAACACCGACGGCAUCGAGCUGCUGGUGUGCUACGAGGACGAGGGCGUCUACGUCAACACGUACGGACGCAUCACCAAGGACGUGGUGCUGCAGUGGGGGGAGAUGCCCACCUCAGUGGCCUACAUCCGCUCCAACCAGAUCAUGGGCUGGGGGGAGAAGGCCAUCGAGAUCCGCUCGGUGGAGACCGGCCACCUGGAUGGCGUCUUCAUGCACAAGAGGGCCCAGAGACUCAAGUUCCUCUGUGAGAGGAACGACAAGGUGUUCUUCGCCUCCGUCCGUUCUGGAGGCUCCAGCCAGGUGUACUUCAUGACUCUGGGCCGAAGUAACCUGCUCAGCUGGUAGAGGUCCGCGCCCCCCCCCCCCCCUCCUCUUCAUCGCCCUCCAACCCUUCGCUAACACUGGAUGUCAGGACCCCCCGAGAGUGAGAGGGACUGCACCGACGUCACCUUUCAGUCUGGAGCUCCGCCCCCCCUGACAUACAUGAACAUGAGGGGAUGAUUAAUUAAUAUAUGAAUGAAAGUAGAAAUAAAUUAAAUGUCAGUUUAAGAAGGGGGGGGUACUUUAGUUGCUCCUGUGAUGGCAAUGGGACAGAAUACUUCUACUACCUUCUAGGCCCCCCCCCCCCGUCUCUGCCGCGCCUUCUUCUCAUGGGCCCACCGUUGUGUUAAUACUGCAGUAUUGUGUGUAUUUGUACUGUUGUUUGACCUGCUGGUUGGAGGUUGAGGACUAAACUCAGGCGAGGGGGGGGCGGGGGGGGGGUAGUUCUGAUGGAGGUCUCAUGGAUGUGACCUGGCCUGACUUGUGUGUGUGUGUGUGUGUGUGUGUGUGUGUGUGUGUGUGUUUGUGUGUGUGUGUGUGUGUGUGUGUGUGUGUGUGUGCACGCGCGCAUUAACUUUACAGAAUGUAGAGCUCGCGGUGGUCCGACGCAUGAGACCAUCUUUUUCCUCGUCACGACUUAACAGCCCCCAGGUGUUUUUCUUUUUUUGGGGGGGGGGGUGAGGACUGGAAUGGGGCGUUACCAUGACAACGAGCAGAGCCCGUCUGCGAGGCUGGACUUCCUGCUGAUGUGCAUGUGAAAGACUGAGCACCAUCCGCCUCCUCCAGGACUUUGACUUCCGUUUCCACGGCAACCCUUAAAGACAACGGCAGGUCAACGCCCCCCCCCCCCCCCCCCCAGUAGUUAAGGACAACUUUGUUUGGGGAAGAGCAAGAAGAAGAAGUCGCUUGAAGCUUUGCGUGUUUUCUGUUCUCGAUAGUUUCUGUGCGUCGGCGUGUGGCUCCGCCCACCUCAGGUGGAGGAAAUGUUUACACAGGUUCUAAUGCAUCAAUCACGUUAUGUUAAAUGCAUAUUUCUUGUUUCUUUGCCCAGCUGUAAUUGGAUAUUCUUUAGUUUUUUCUUUGCUCCCCCCCUUCACUACAUGACCUCCUUUACAGGACAAUGAAGAACACGCGUGUGCUUCUUUCAGGUAUUCACAUAGCUCCGCUCCUCCAACGGAUGACCUCCGUGCGACAGGAAGUCCUGCAAGCUUUAUUUUUUGUUGUUUGUUUUUUCUUUGAAUAAACUUUUAAAAAGUA